CACGACCGUGCGCAACUGCCAUUUUUCACUGAGGGAGUAAGACACUGCGUGGGUGUGAUUCGGAAAAGCCCAAAUCGACUGAGUUUUUAAACGGCUAAACGCGUUUCUGCUCUCGCUGCUCCCUGCGCCUGAUCUGGAUUAUUUCUUGGAGGCUCCACUCGAUAAAAAAAUGCGCAUCGAAAUCCAAAAAUGCGACUGCGUAUCUGAGAGUGUGACGGAUGCUCAAGGACACCGGACAUGCUUGUAACCGGACUAAACGAGACUACAACGAAUAUCUAAAAUAAACAAGGGAACAAAAAAAAAAGAAGAGAGGAAGAAAAAGACAUGCCUUUACAUGAGGAAUGAUAUCAUUUGUACUUGGAGCGUUUGUAUUGUCUGUCCGUUUUGACUAAUCUAUUUGGAUAAGCUGCUCUCAGAUAUUUUCAAAUACGUAUAGUUGAAUCACUCGAGCAUCGACAUUUCAUCACCAUGGCUCAUCUAAUACGGCACAAAAUCUCCAACAAGAUCACGAACGCGGUCAACACGGCCUCCAACAAGUCUCAGGCGAAGGUGAGCGGCGUGUUCGCGCGCAUGGGCUUCCAGGCGGCCACGGACGAGGAGGCGGUGGGCUUCGCGGAGUGCGACGAUCUGGACUAUGACUACAGGCAAGGCAUGCGCAUGGCCACGCUGCAGACGGACGAGGCCGGCGGGGAGGUGGACGGUGAAGGUGGGCUGGAGGGGGACAGCCACUAUCAGCGGGAUGGCGCGGGGCCGCGGGGCUCGCGCGGCAGCACUGGCACGUGCGAGGAGCUGGGCUCGCAAGACAAGCCCAGGAUCACCGCGUGGGAAGCGGGCUGGAACGUUACCAACGCCAUUCAGGGCAUGUUCGUCCUCGGCCUCCCUUACGCUAUCCUGCACGGCGGCUACCUCGGCCUCUUCCUCAUCAUCUUCGCUGCCGUGGUUUGCUGCUACACUGGCAAGAUCCUCAUUGCGUGCCUGUACGAGGAGAACGAGGACGGAGAGCUGGUGCGCGUGCGGGACUCCUAUGUGGACAUCGCGAACGCGUGUUGCGCGCCGCGCUUCCCCGCGCUGGGCGGCCAUGUGGUCAACGUGGCGCAGAUCAUCGAGCUCGUCAUGACGUGCAUCCUGUACGUGGUGGUGAGUGGCAACCUGAUGUACAACAGCUUCCCGGGGCUGCCCGUCUCACAGAAGGCCUGGUCAGUCGUGGCCACGGCCGCGCUGCUGCCCUGCGCCUUCCUCAAGAACCUCAAGGCGGUGUCCAAGUUCAGCCUUCUGUGCACGCUAGCGCACUUCGUCAUCAACGUGCUCGUCAUCGCCUACUGCCUGUCGCGCGCGCACGACUGGGCGUGGGAGAAGGUUAAGUUCUACAUUGACGUCAAGAAGUUCCCCAUCUCCAUCGGCAUCAUUGUGUUCAGCUACACGUCACAGAUCUUUCUGCCCUCGCUCGAGGGCAACAUGCAGAACCCCAAGGAGUUCCACUGCAUGAUGGACUGGACGCACAUCGCUGCAUGCGUGCUCAAGGGCCUCUUCGCGCUGGUGGCCUACCUGACGUGGGCCGACACCACCAAGGAGGUGAUCACGGAUAAUCUGCCGGCGGGCAUCCGCGCGUGGGUCAACAUCUUCCUAGUGGCCAAGGCCUUGCUCUCCUACCCGCUGCCCUUCUUCGCCGCAGUGGAGGUCCUGGAGAAGUCCCUCUUCCAGGACGGUGGCCAAGCGCUCUUUCCCAAUUGUUAUGGGCCAGGGGGUCAGCUCAAGUCCUGGGGGCUCAGCCUGCGCGUGGGGUUGGUGGUCUUCACCCUCCUCAUGGCCAUCUUUGUCCCGCACUUUGCACUGCUCAUGGGCCUGACCGGGAGUCUCACCGGCGCUGGCCUGUGCUUCCUGUUGCCUAGCCUCUUUCACCUGAAGCUCCUCUGGCGGAAACUUCUGUGGCAUCAAGUGUUCUUUGACGUCUCCAUCUUCGUGAUCGGCGGGAUCUGCAGCAUCUCUGGCUUCAUCCACUCCAUUGAAGGGCUCAUCGAGGCCUUUAGGUACAACAUCCAGGAUUAAGUCAAGGAGGCUGCUUUCCCAGCCCUGUCCGAAACUGCUGGUGCACUCUUCCUCUGAUUGCCAAUCAGCGAGCUCAAUCCACAUAAUCACUAAAAAACUGAUUACUUCUUUAUUCUCGCUUUUCUCGUCACAAACGUGCAAUAUCUUGUGUUUCAUAGUGUGAUGAUGUGCUUGUUUUUUCUUUCUUUUUCUUUUUGGUAGUAAUUGUGAGCAAUAAAGCACUGAGACUGAGUUCUGCCAUGUGUACACACAAACCUUCUGUAUGAUUAUUUCCAAUGAAAUGGAAACAGAUUUUCAUAUACUGUAAGUCCCAAGGUUUGUAGACACCUUCUAAUUAGUGAAUUAGUACUAGUUACUAGUAACUAAUAAGUGUUCAUUGACAUAACAUUACUAGUAACUAGUAAGUGUUCAUUGCCAUCACCAAUGGAAUAUGACACCUAGAGCAGCCAUGAACAAUCCUAUGGAGCUCCAUCCAAUGCCUUUGAGAUAAAUUGGAGUGGAGUUUGUGAUACAGAACUAAUCAUCUAACAUCAGUAUCUGACCUGACAAAUGCACUUUUUAUAGAAGAGUAAAGGCUGUUACUGGAGCAUAAGGGGACAAACUCUUUAUUAAUACCUUUAAUUUCAUAAGAAAUGUUUGCUGAGCAGGUGUCUCCAGACCUUUGGACAUAUAAUACUGCACAAAAGUCAGUUACUCAAUAUCCAGUCAAAAUGGCCAUUACGUUCACGUUUCUGAGAGAUUUCCCUAUCAGAUAAACAGUACUUAAAGGCUUCAUCUUUGGAACAGAGGAGAAAAUCCAUUCUUGCUUCACACCUGGAAAAAUCCACAGAUGUUUCAGUCUAUCCUUCCAAUGUGAGAACACAACUCAACACAAUGGGCCUGAAAGGACAUGUAGCUGUCAAGAAGAUGUUACUAAUACUGGAUAAAAGAAAGCGAGAGAAAGAAAGAAAUCAGAUUUGCAUUACUGCAGUAGAUCUCAGAUGUGGUUUCAUGGAUAGGUAAAAUUUGUAAAUUUGUAACUGGGAUUACCUGGAUUGUGAGAAGCACUGGAAAAUCCAACCAAUGUCUAAGACUGAACUUUGGAAGUCUGUAAAAUUCUUUGAAAAACUGAAAUCAAGUAUCCCAAAAAGAAUGAAAGCUGUCAUAAAGUCACUGACUUUCACUUAAUGGCUGUUUUGACUGGAAAUUGAAUAAAAGCAAUGGUGAUUUUGACUUUUGAUAUAGUGUAUCUGUGAGUGAAACUAAAAUGAGUCCAGACCUGCUCAAGGCAGGGCAACCUAUGUAACUUCUUUUUCAACGAUAUAUGUUUAAUUUUAGGCCUAUACGAGUAGGCUGUUAUAUAUUUUUAUGAGAUAUAGGCUUAUUGGGAGAGCUACUAUUGAUUAUUUGUAGCUAAUGUGUCCAGAUUAUUUAAGCAUUUCUCAAUAAAUGAAAUGUGUAUCUAGUUAAAGUGAGAAUGUGUGACAAAUGAAGAGGAUUUUUAAUGAUUUUAAAUAUCUGAAGUGAGUGUUGCAGGGCCGCACUGCAGAGGCACUAAGAGGUUUUAUUUGAUGGAGAGAGGAGGCAGAAAUGAGACAGCAUGGAAAAUCCGCAUAGCACACCAACUGAGCCAGCCAAAUAUGGGAUUAAGAAGGAAGUCAUCCAUGUCAGAAAUUCUCAGUAGCCCAAUUUUCUUCCAGUAAACCAUAUUACGUUAAUCUACCCCCUUUCCAGCUGUAGACGUUUCGUCAGUGUCUUUGGUGUUCAGUGAGUGAAUAUGAAGUGCAAGUAUAAUGGCCUGUUGAGAAGUUAACUGAGCUGUGUGUUCAAUGUGUUGUAAAAAGACGUUAAAAGACGUUCCUACUGUGCUUUCGUAAAGUGUGUACAAAAACAAAAACAUGUACACAUUUGAAUCUGAUAAUAAAUUCAAUAUUUUGUGUUUCA